AAAUUAAAUGAUAUAUUAACCCACAUGCCGUCUAACUGCCAAUAUCUCGUAUCGUGGUAUCUAUCUAUCUAUAUAUAAUAUAUAUUCCUGUCGUUCCGCAACCACCAAUUCAUCGGCGACUUUUUGUGAGAAUAAUCUCAAAUGGCGAGGAGACCGGACGACGAGUACGAUUACUUAUUCAAAGUCGUGUUGAUCGGGGAUUCAGGAGUUGGUAAAUCCAAUCUUCUUUCUCGAUUCACCAGAAACGAGUUUUGUUUGGAAUCUAAAUCCACCAUCGGCGUUGAAUUCGCCACUCGCACACUUCAAGUAGAGGGAAAGACAGUGAAAGCUCAAAUAUGGGACACAGCAGGGCAAGAGCGAUACCGGGCCAUAACCAGUGCCUACUACAGGGGUGCCCUCGGGGCACUUCUGGUAUACGACGUCACAAAACCGACAACUUUUGAAAAUGUGAAGCGAUGGCUAAAAGAACUGAGGGACCAUGCAGACUCAAACAUCGUGAUCAUGCUUAUCGGCAACAAAACCGAUCUUAAACAUCUGAGGGCGGUUGGGACCGAGGAUGCUCAAACAUUUGCGGAAUCGGAAGGUCUUUCGUUCAUUGAAACGUCGGCUUUAGAAGCGGUUAAUGUGGAGAAGGCUUUUCAGACAAUUCUUGGUGAGAUUUAUAAGAUAGUUAGCAAGAAAGCACUUGCUGCAGCCAAUUCAGCAGCUAGCAUCAAACAAGGAGAGACUUUAGUGGUUGGCGGACAGGAAGGGAAUACCAAAACCAAUUGUUGUUCUUCAUUCUAAUUUUUUUUUUUUUUUUUUUGUUUCAAAUUGACUUAUCUUGAUUUCUGGUAUGGUACAUUUUGUAGCUUUUUUUUAGAUGAAAAGAAUAAUUCCUACAUUUUCUCAAAGUAUUGUAUAUUAUUGUGUGCCAAAACUUGUGUUUUGAGAAAAUAUUAUAUUUUGCAAGAAUA